AUGGGCAGUGCUAUCGUAUUGUUGUAUCUUGUCUAUUAUUGUUUAUCAUGUAUUCCAGUAUACGGUGUGUUUGAGAAAUGUCGACAAACUGGUUGGCAUGGAUUUAUUCCGGUUUGGAGUACAUGGAUAUUGAAUAAAAUCGUUGAUUUACCAUGGUUCUGGUUAAUUAUUUAUUAUAUACCAAUCAUAGGAAAUAUUCCAACAGUAAUUAUUCAAAUGCAUCGUUUAUCAAAAGCAUUUGGACGUUCUAACUGGUUUACAGUUGGUUUAGUUUUAAUACAGAUAGUAUUUAUGACUAUUCUUUGCCUUAAUAAACAUUAUCGAUAUAGUCCAAAUAAAAAUCGUAAUCAAUUUAUUAAAAAAAUUGAUAAAAUGAAUGAUGUCAUCGAACGAAAAGUGGAAAACAUGGAAGAGACUAUUUUAAAUAAAAAAAAAAUAAAAGAUUUAGAAUUAACAAAUGAUGAAGUAAAUCGUUUUACGGAUGCAUUUAAAAAUCCUGAAUUUCGAAAAUUAUUUAAUGAAUAUGCUGAAGAAAUAAGUGAUCCUAAAAAUCGUGAAUUAUAUGAAAAAGAAAUUGAAUCAAUUGAAAAUCAACGAGGUAUGAAUGUAACAUUCAUUCAUCCAAAUCCGGGUCAUGUAUUAAAAACAAUAUUAAAUGGCACUAGAAAAUGUUUUAUUAAUAUAGCAACAAAUAUUAAUGUUGAAAAACCGAGUUAUGAAAAAGAACAAGGAAAUCAAAAAGAUAAUAAUAAUAAUAACAGUCAUUUAUUAAAACAACGUACUGGUGGAAUGCAUUGGAAUUUACCACAUUGUCUAGCUCCACCAAGAGAUGAUUUUGAUAAUAAAUCAAUUCCAUGUACAGUUUAUGAUAUUGUUUAUCAUCCUGAUACAUAUAGAAUGGCAGAAACAAAUAAAAAUUUUAUGCAAAUGAUUGAAGAAUCAGCAUUAGAUUCAAUUGAAAAUAAUUUUAAAUGUAAAUUAGAUCGAAAUAAUAUUAAACGACCAAAAUUAAAAUUUAAAGGUGUACCAAAUCCAACUAUUAUUCGAAAAAAAAAUGAUAAUUUUAUUGAAGAACAACAAAUAAAUAAUCAUGAAAAUAAUAUUGAUACGAAUAAUAAUGAGAAUUUGUCAAAUUUUCCUCAAAAAUCUCAAACAAAUGUAGAAAAUCACAAAGUUAUCAUAUCAAGUCAUAAGCCAAUCUCAACAUCAAAUGGUGUAUCAUCCAUAAUUCAAGAACUUGUUUCUGAUCAUCCACUAUCUUCUAAUGAUGGUUAUACAAUACCAACAUAUAAAAUUAUUCAUCGUGGUGAAUUUGAUAUGCAAGAUUUAGUACAAAAUACAUCAAUUGUUCAAGCAAAAUCAACACGUCCGAAAGAACUCAUUGUCGAAAUCGAUUUACCAUUAUGUAAUACAUCAAAUAAUGUUGAUUUAGAUGUCUAUGAAAAAUCAUUACAUAUUCAUUGUGAAAAACCAAAAUAUGAUUUAACUUUGAAUUUACCGUAUCCGGUGAGAGAAAAUGAUAGUCAUGCAAAAUUUGAUAAAAAACAACGUAAACUUAUUAUUACAUUAGCUGUGAUAAAAGAAAAAGAUUUAAUUGUAAAUUUAUCUGCCACUGAAUCUUCUACACAAGUCGAAUAUAUUGAAGAAAAUAAGGAAGAUGAGACUAAUCAUAUAAUAAAUAAUGAAAAAGAAGCAGUAAUCGAACAGAAACCAUUAAAUGUUGAUACAACAAAUUAUUCUUCAAUUCCAUUUGAUUUUAAACAAGGUGUAUCACAUAUUGCACUUGUUUUACAUUUAAAAAAUGUUGAUAAAUCGAGUAUUGAUAUAAUCAAUGAUGGAAAACAUGUUUAUAUAAAAUUAUGUUCAUUAGGUGAAGGCUAUUUUCCAUUAUCUCAUCAAUUAUAUCUCAACUUUGAUAAUGAUCAAGAACAACAUGUAUUGGAACCAAAUGGAAUAACGAUAAAUCAUAGUAGUGAAAAUGUUGUUGUUAUAUUGAAGAAAGCAGUUAAUAACGAUCUUGUCAAAUUCCAAGCUGGAGUGAAUCAACAACAACAACAACUUGAGACUAAAUAUUUCAUUUCUUCACCGAUAUCCAAACCUCCAUUAACAACCGAAACAGAAUCAACUUCUCUUUCUACUAUUGCUCAUGAGCCAGUACCGUCUGAAAGUAAUGUCUUUGUUGAAUGUGAACAAAAACCAUAUUUAAGUAAAACUGAUCCUCUUUUAUCGACAACUAAAAAACAAGAAGAAUUAAAAAUGCAUGAUAAAAAACCGAAUAAAAAAAAAGCUCGACGCAUGGCAAGAGAAGCACAACACGCACAAGUGGAAGCAGCAGGAACAACAACGACAACAAGUGAUGGAGAAAACGAGACUGUCCUAUUAUCGCCACCUUCAAACAAUACUCAGGAUGUGCCGUCAAUAACCAAUCGUAAUUUAAAGUCUGAUAUUACAAAUAAAUUACAACGAAUGAAAUUUGAACAACAUCCUCAUGAAUCAACUCCACACUCCCCUGAACAUCAUUUACAAGAUGAAAAAAAAGAUAAAUUAUCAGAUAUGCCAACAUUAUUACAUCCACCAUUUUAUCGUCGUCAUACAUCCGAGUCAAGUGUAGAUGAUGAACAUUUACCGAAUGAACUUAAAUUGAAAGGUAUAUUGAAAUAUUCAUUAAAAAAUCGUUCACUAUCUGAAAGUGACUAUAAUGCAGAUUUAAGUGGUGAUUUUCAAUUUAAUUCAUCCAAUGUAUUUGAAUCAACAAAUGAUUCGUCUGAACUUGAUCUAAGUUCAUCUGGUAGUAUCAACAAUAAUACAAAUACGCCAAGUGAUAGUGCUUGUACAACACCAAAUUGUGUUAAUGUAAAACAUGUAACAUUUAGUAAUCAAGUUGUUUCAAAAACCUUUAAACCAAAUGGACCUGUUUCAGGCAUGCGAAAAUCAUCACACAACCAGCGUAAAAAUAAAAAUCGUCAACGGCAACGAAAACGACGAGAUUCAGCAUCACAAUCGAGUGAUGGCGAUGCUGAGCCGGCAAAUACUGAUGCAUCAACAAAAGUGACAACAACAACAACAGAAUCUAUAGCAAAUGGCAUUGAUGGUGAUAUAACCUUGCGAAAAUUAUCUGAAUCAAGCGAUGAUGAUACUAAUGAAAAAGUGGUUGAUAUGACAAUGAAGGAAUUACGUUUACAAGAGAAAAGUAAUCAGGACGAUGAUGAUUCGAAUGAUAAUGAUGAUGAUAUGCAGGAUGAUGACAAUACAGUACUGAAAAGUAAUGAAACGUGCGAACAAGUUCCAUAUAAAAAUCCUGUAACGUUUGAGUCUGUUUUAUCUUGGCGAGCAGCUGGUAAUAUGGAUGAUUCUACAACCAAAACAAAAUCAGCAGUUCAGUUGACAAAUCCGCUUAUAUUUGAGCUUGAUAAUUAA